GUUAAAUGGGCAAAUACUAUUAUGCAUGGUCUUAAAACUGCAACUAAUAUAAAAAAAAAGAUUUUAUUAAUCGAUGAAAAAUUAUACACAAAAUGAUGAUCAACAUAAAAAUUGUUUAUUUUAUCUGAAACAUUGUAAUUAGUAAUAAUGUUUACUCAUUUUGUAUUGUUCUAUUUUCCCCUGGUUAAUUUGGGCAAUUUAAUUUAGUCACCAUUGCAAUUUCUACUCCAAUCCAGAUGGGGGCGGUAAAGCAUCUAAACGGCAUUUAAUAAAAAUAAAAGAAGAAGAAAACCUAUAUAAACCCAGUCUCGCGAUAUUAGUUUACGUCAUUCCAUGAUGGCUGAAGAUUCCGGCGGAACAUUUUUCAAUUUCUAUCUUAUUUUUCUCCCCUUUUUUGUACCUAAGCUUGUCAUAGAGACAUGGCUGGACCUAUAGAAAAGUUAGACGUCUACAGAUCAUUGGUGUCGACAUGCCCAAGAAAGGGAACCGAAAACGGCUGAAAUUUAAGGCGGGGGACGUUUGUUCGGAAUCAGUGACCGUUGCUGAUUAUGCUGAUGCCGACCCAGCCAUUGUGAAGUCUGGGAGGGUGAAGAAGGCUGUUGCAAAUGCAAUUGAAAAAGAAGCAAAAUUACUUUGUGGCCUGGAAGCAUCUCAGGGCGCGGUGGACGAAGUCCUCUCAUCUUCAGUUGGUGUUGAGGAGGAUCGAAGCAUCGAAGACUGUGAUCCUGGAGAAGAGGAAGAAGGAGAGAAUGAAAACAAAGUAGGCCGCAAAAAGAAAAACAAAAGGAGAAAAGAAAAUAGUGAGAAUGAGGAUGGAGAAUAUUAUCCAGUUGACAUUUGGCUUCUUCUUGCGUCGUAUAUUCGACCUGAGGAUGUAUGCAAGUUUGCACUGAUCUGCAAGAACGCCUGGACUGUCACUUGUACAGCCGCUUUUUGGACCAGACUCUACAGAAGACAUUACAAGAUUGACGUGGACCUGCCGUUCCGCCUUCAGCCUGACUCCAUAGAUAAGAUGCACUGUCUUCGAGCCUGCGUCAUUCGCUCCCUUUUCCACCUAUAUGAGCCCUUCAGUUUACGCGUCUCCAAAAUUCCUACUCUCCCAGAAUCCACGCCAACGUUACUCAACUCAAAGUGUUUACUCUUCUGGGUCAGGAAAGUGUCAGAGGCAUUAUGGGAGUUCAACUUCAAGUUUGUAAAGCAGGAACAUCGCAGAAAUGGUUGUGCUAAAUCUCUGCUCAUGCCCAAACAAUAUGAAAACGUCCACGUGAAUCCAGACUCAGACUGCUAUGUGCUCCAGGUCACCACGCUCAACUUUAUCUUCAUCCCAGUCGUCAUGGGAAUGACUCUGGCCCUGUUCACCAUUAACGUGAGCACAGACAUGCGGCACCACCGCGUUCGUCUGAUCUUCCAGGAUUCCCCCCUCCAGAGGAAGAAGAGGGGGGAUCAAAGUGGGAUCCAGGUGAUUCUGGAUCCCGUACAAAGUGUCAAAUUAAUGGACUGGUGGCAUCCUCAGUACCCCUCGUCGCCCUACUCAUGACGACGCUCUCGACAGCACAACCAGGAGGUCCUUCUGGUUCCUUCAACCCUGAAAUGAUCGCUGACUCUAGUCACAUUUUUAUUUAAUUCUUUUGUGUUUGCGUACACAUUUUGAUUUUUAAAAGGAUUUAGAAGAGUGUCUGGGUAAAUCUUAUUCAAAUACGUAUCCAUUACAGUCGAUUGCAGUUUGCAGGAAUGACGGCGUGAUCACACCCUAAACAUGUUGCAGAAUAUUUCUUUAGACUCAGUUGGAGUUGAUGAAGUGAACAUUUUUACAAUCCCUGCUGUGAUCUGGUUUGUUUUCCACUUGUGAUGUUAUGCAGCACUGAUUUAAAUGUUCAGUCAACAAUUGUAUUUUUUGUAAGACAGAAAAAUCAGGUUUAUUUAUUUUAAAACAUGAUUGUGAAUGUUGUUUGCUUCCAACAAGAAAUUCUUUAUUUUUUUUUCCUAAUUAUGUAACCUGAAUCACUUCAUGCCACAUUCAGAUUAUCAGUGUUGAAAGAAAGUAGAACUUUACCAAUAUGCUUGGUGCUGAGUUUAUUCUGCGUAUUCACUGCCUAAGAAAAUGUCAGAACUUUGUCUAAUUCAAUGCAAAUUUGAGUUAAUUGCAUCUGGGUGAUCAAGGAGGUUUUUUUUAUUUCAUUGACUGAGUUCUAGUAAAAAAAAAUCAACCAUAACGAUACAAUAAACAGAAAGUUGCUGUUAAA